UGAGGUGUUUAACCUGAUCAAGUCUAUCACAAGGCCCCACGAUGAAUUUCACCGAUCUUUGGAUUAACUAGAGUUAUACCGGAAAAACUACCAAUCUAAACUUUUUAGAUUAGUUGUAAUGAUGAUUUGGACGUCUGUGACAGAUAGUACACUGGUUUCCAUUGGCACUCCCAGAUUUUGUUAAUUAGGUAUCUUUAGACCGUUGACAAUGGUGAGUGAAUAUCCACAACGCCGGUACGGUCGCUGGAAGGAGUGUGGUAUCGUUUGUGGACUUUUGGUUGUCGGCUUAGCAGUGGCUCUAGCUGUAGUUCUGGUCCUUAAAAACAAGGAGCUGGAGGAGAAAUUCGCUCCUCCAUGUGCUUCUGGUGAUGAAAACAUAGACAUCAGAGAGCAGGACAGUCCGAGCGUGUUUUCAGACCUAACAACAGCAGAACUGCGUGCUGUUGUUGACUACCUCUAUCAACAAUCCGAUUUGAACGUGGUGAAAUCUUCAGAUGCGUCACUGAACACCAGCUACAUUUAUUUUGUCGAAUUAAACGUCGCGAACAAAACGGCCGUGUUGAAUCACCUGGAUAACCAAGCUGAUGCUCCGGAACGCCGUGCCAAAGUAGUGAUAUUUCGGGGAGACUUGGAUGUGCCCAGGAUCGAGGAAUACGAAGUGGGUCCUCUGCCCAAUCCAACUUUUCAUACGAUUAUCUACAGGAAUGGCAAAGAUUCAGUGCCUUUCACAUACAGACCAAUUACGUUAAAAGAAUUCGAAGGGAUUGUUAAGUAUGUAUUUGUAGGAGAAAUUGAGCAAAAAGGUAGAAGAAUUUUAUUGGAGAGUUUUGACGCCAGUUUCUCUGAUUGCGGCAUCAAAUGCUUGACGUUUUACCCAACUCCUGUCUCCACCUCGAACUACGGCAAAUUGACGCGCAACAUGUGGUUUUGGAUUAAUCAUGAUGUAAAGUACUAUGCUUUGCAUCCGUUGGACUUUAAGGUUUUGGUCAAUCUAGACGGUGCGGACCCGUCAAAAUUCAAAAUAACAAAAGUAUGGUACAAUCAGCAGUUGUUCAACAGCAUGGACGACCUUGUCAGUGCUUAUGAGAACAAUAAAGUGGAAAAAAUUGUUAUGAAAUUUCCCCAAGUAGAUGAAAGUACAUUUUCGACUUUAAAUCAGCGCGGAGAACCCUUUCCCAGUAAACCUUUGCGGAGUCCAAUUCAGGUUGAGCCUGACGGAAAGCGUUACACAAUCAAAGGGCAGCACGUGGAGUAUAUGGGUUGGGCGUUUGAAUAUCGUAUGUCUACAAAUACAGGUCCGAUGUUGUUUGAUGUCAGAUAUCGUGGAGAAAGAAUUGCAUACGAAAUUAGUCUGCAGGAAAUAGUCGUGUUCUACUCGGCUAAUAACCCGUCACACAGAUUUGCCGACUUUGUGGACAGCGUUGCUCUGAUCGGCUCCUUGUCAAAAGCUCUAAUCCCAGGCGCGGAUUGUCCGGAUCACUCGACUUUUCUGCCUUCCCGCCACGUAUUGGAGGCAUCUUCUGAACCAGUCGUGUAUGAGAACUCCCUAUGUUUGUUCGAACAAGCCACGGGAGUCCCAUUGAGGAGACAUCACUCCUACGGCAAACACGCUGGAUGGUUCUAUGGAGGCAUGAUGGACGAUGUGCUCAUUCUUAGAACUGUUCUGACUGUUGCAAACUACGACUAUAUCUUUGACUUUAUUUUUCACCAGAAUGGAGCUAUUGAAGUUAAAGCCAUCUCCACAGGAUACAUCUUACCCAGUGUAUUUUCUCCUUUGGAAAAAAAGUAUGGCUUCCAAAUUCACGACAACAUUCUUGGCAAUGUCCAUCAUCACAUGUUUAACUUUAAGGUAGACGUUGAUAUAUUGGGGACGUCAAACCGAUUUGAAACUCUUGAUUUGAAAGUGGAAGCGGCUCCAAACCAGAUGUAUUCAGAACUAAGUUCUGCACAGACCUACAACCAGAUAUAUUUUCAAAGCAACCCAAGGCAUACAGAAAAGGUGGCCGGCUAUAAGUUUAAUUUUGAUCAACCAAAAUAUUUGCUGUUUAACAAUGAACAAUUUAAAACCAAACACGGCGUCCCACGAUCGUACAGAGUGGUGAUUAAUGGUAUGUCGAAGCAAACCUUGCCUGAAAACAGCGGACACGAAAACUCCAUUACCUGGUCUAGAUACCAGAUGGCGGUUACCAAGUACAAAGACACAGAGAAGCAAAGCAGUUCUCUCUACGCCAUUUGGGAUGCUGUCCAGCCUGUGAAUAGAUUUCAAAGUUUUAUUGAUGACGAUGAGAGCAUUAUGGACCAGGAUCUUGUGGCUUGGAUCACAAUGGGCGUUCAUCACAUCCCUCAUACCGAGGAUCUGCCAGUUACACCGACGCCGGGAGGACAACUACAGUUCUUCCUGCUCCCAUACAACUACUUCACAGAGGAUCCGUCAUCAGGCUCUAAGAACGCCAUCUACAUGGAGCUGAAAUAUGCCUCUGACAACUCAGCGCCUACAGUGGACAUUAACCGUUAUGGAUAUGGUGGAGAGCCUCAAUGUGUUCCGCAAAAAUCAAAAUUUGACCAACAAGUGGCAGAAGAUCCCGAUUUGGUGUUUUCAACAGGCCGGACAUUCGGAUAAUAGCCUUCUGUGUAUAUAUCACGUUUUCGUUCCUGAGAUGCUGUAUUUGGCUAAACUAGAUAUCUAUUUACUCAUGUCAUAACAUUUUACUUAGGCAUAUUAUGGUUGAUCUUCUGCCAACAAUGCUGAGAUGGAUACGUUUUAUGGUGUGUGAAUUACCGACUGUCUUAUGAGAAACCUUCCCUUGUAACGUGACUUUUACGUCAGAUCUUUUAUUAUUAACGAUUACUAUCGUUGAAAACAAUGUAAACUAGGCCUGUUAAUUUAAUACUUUAGUUGUGUUAAUCCUUCAUCAAUGUCUGUAUUAUAGUCGUGACAGGCAACAUCUGCAUUGGUUUUUGUAUGUCAUGCCCUAAAAUAUUUGUGCAAGGUAUGUAAGCCAUUUAGAAACUACAGAAUGGCUAUAAUGCUUUUGCGUGACACAUCAGUCACAAUGCAACUUUUUGUGUAUAUGCGUGUAUAUUGCGUUAGCCUGGAUUAAUAGAAUUGUUGUUUCACAGUCAAGUUUUACUUAAACUACUUUAGUUUUAGAAACAUGCCUGCCAAGGUUGGUUUUAAUAUUCGUUGAUUCAAACUUGGCCACAACCCCAGUACAUUUUACGCUUUCUAUAGCAUAGUAACAAUAACCAGAAACAAAUCGUCGUGAAGCCAAAAUGAAUCGUUUGGUCAUCGACUAUGAUUACUGCUUUCAUAGUAACUAGGAAGAAAGACAUAUUUUUAUUAAUAAAAAACAUAAAAUAUAA